UUUCUCCAGUGCUGACUCACGGCAUUGAAGCCUCUCUGGAAAUACCCCCACCCUUCUAGCCAGCCAGUUUAUACACACCCCUUCGACUCCUCCUUGAUUCAAAUGCUAGGUCAAGAGGAAGAAGGAAACUGAAUUCAAGAGCUGCUCUCAAGCAUCUAGAAUUCUCUGUACCCCACCUCCUGAGAAGAGAGACUAGCCCCAGCUCUGACUCAGACCACUACAAGCUGGGCUCUCCUCUUAAAGUACCAACUUUAUUCGAGCCUUUGGAUAAAACUGAAAGAAAAGGGUCCACGAGUACUGUGGAUUGUGCAGAAGGCAGGGGGCUGGCAGCUGGCAGUAUAAACAGAAAGAUGGCAGGCCCGAAGUCCAGCAUUGAAACAGACCCCGAAAUUGAGCUUUUUGUAAAGGCUGGAAGUGAUGGAGAGAGUAUUGGAAACUGUCCCUUUUGCCAACGCCUUUUUAUGAUCCUCUGGCUUAAAGGAGUUAAAUUCAAUGUGACUACUGUUGACAUGACCAGAAAGCCCGAAGAGCUGAAGGACUUAGCUCCAGGUAUCAAUCCUCCCUUCCUGGUGUAUAACAAGGAGUUGAAAACAGACUUCAUUAAAAUUGAGGAGUUUCUAGAGCAGACACUGGCUCCUCCAAGGUAUCCUCAUCUGAGUCCCAAGAACAAGGAGUCCUUUGAUGUUGGCUGUAACCUCUUUGCCAAGUUUUCUGCAUACAUUAAGAAUACACAAAAGGAGGCAAAUAAGAAUUUUGAAAAAUCUAUGCUCAGAGAAUUUAAGCGUCUGGAUGACUACUUAAACACCCCACUUCUGGAUGAAAUCGAUCCAGACAGUGCUGAGGAACUCACUGUUUCCAGAAGAUUGUUCUUAGAUGGAGAUCAGUUGACACUGGCUGACUGCAGCUUGUUACCCAAAUUGAACAUUAUUAAAGUUGCUGCCAAGAAAUACCGUGACUUUGACAUUCCAGCAGAAUUCUCAGGUGUCUGGCGCUAUCUCCACAAUGCCUAUGCCCGUGAAGAAUUUACCCAUACAUGUCCUGAAGACAAAGAAAUUGAAAAUACCUAUGCAGGUGUGGCUAAACAGAAGAGUUAGGACAUCUCGUUCAGUAGAAAAAGACUCUUUUCACUUGCUAUCAUAUUAGAAAGCUUUUUGGAAAUAAGAAUAUGGGAGAUAUUGUUUCCUCUAUCCAACUCUCUUACAAAAAAGAACACUGUAUUUUCUGUAUCUAGUGAGUCCAAACUAUCUGCCCACUGUGUAUCUUAAAGGUAUUCACAUUUUCACUCCAUUUUCUUUGUUCCUAUGGUAUAUCUACCACAAUCUUAAAUGACAUGGAAAGCAUCAAGAUUUUUUACUAUAUGAUUGAAUUCCUAGAAUGCAUCAUGUGUAAGCUCAACAGACGGCUGAAGAGCCACAAUCUCAAACUGCUCCUUAGAAACAUUUCCAUCUAAAUCAUUAAAACAAUUUUACUUUUUUGUUAGUUUAA